ACUGUAUCCAAAAUUGUGCGCUAUCAUAUUCCAGCCUACAGGUUGUUUCUACCUCAUGCUUGUGUUAUUUCUAACAGUUGUCGAUUGCUUAUAUCAAUAAAUUUUUUAGAAUGAAUAAUGUUAACAGUGACGAUCGUACACGACAAGUUUAUCCAGAAUUAGGCAAUUUUAUUUCUACUAAUGAAUAUCAAGAAAAUUAUGAUUAUGAAUUAUCACAAAGUACAAUGGCUACUGGAAGUUGUGGUGUUGGAAAUCAUUUGCCUAGUUUAUUACAAAAUAUGUUAAGUCAAGUUGAUGAAAAGCCAAAAAUAUUAUUAAUGGGUUUAAGAAGAAGUGGUAAAUCAUCAAUUCAACGUGUUGUCUUUCAUAAAAUGGCACCAAAUGAAACAUUGUUCUUGGAAAGUACACAUAAAAUUGAAAAGAAUGACGUAUCAGAAUGUUCUUUUAUCAAAUUUCAAAUAUGGGAUUUCCCUGGUCACAUUGAUUUUUGUGAUGAAACAUUUCAAUCGGAAGCGAUAUUUCUAGCUUCUUGUGCUAUCAUCUUCAUCAUCGAUGCUCAGGAUGAUUAUCAUGCAGCUUUAACUCGUUUACAUGCUACGCUAGAGUCAGCAUUUCGUUUUAAUAUGAAUAUUAAGUUUGAAGUAUUCAUUCAUAAAGUGGAUUGUUUAUCUGAUGAUCAAAAAAUGGAUAUACAACGUGAUAUUACACAACAUGUAACUAGUGUUUUAGAAGAUUUAUUAUGUGAACAACCAUCAAAUGCUGGAAUAAGUAUAGGAUUUCAUUUAACUACAAUAUAUGAUCAUUCAAUUUUUGAAGCAUUCAGUAAAGUAGUACAAAAGUUAAUACCUUAUUUAGAAGCAUUUGAACAUUUGUUAAAUAUAUUUAUUACAAAUUCAAUGGUAGACAAAGCAUUUUUAUUUGAUGUUACUAGUAAAAUAUAUUUAGCCACUGAUUCGAAUGCUGUCGAUAUGCAAACUUAUGAAUUAUGCUGUGAUAUGAUUGAUGUAGUUGUCGAUGUAGCAGCAAUCUAUACCCCACAAUCUAAUUUUGUUGAUCCUCCUGUCUCUGAACAAACUGGGGCAACAAUUAUCUUAAACAAUGAUCGAGCAUUAUAUCUUCGUGGUGUCAAUCAAUAUAUGGCUUUAGCUUGUUUGAUGUAUGAAGAAUCUUUAGAGAAAAUGGGUUUGAUAGAAUUCAAUUUCUGUGUUAUUAAAAAUGCAUUACAACAAAUGCUUGAAUUAAAUCAACAACAUGCAAAACGUGAAUUAGCUGCUUUAUUAAUGCAACAACCAUCAUCAGAUGAUCCUAUACCAGAAGAUGAAGAACCAGUAAAUGAACUUGAUUCUAAUGGAAAAGGUGACGAUGACGAUGAUGAUGAUGAUGAACAGGAAGUUAGUUAGUGAUGAAGAACCAGAAUAAUAUGGGAAUGGAGAUGUAAGAAGAGAAUAAUAAUUAUAAUAGUAGAAUCUUGUCAUGUACAUAUAGUCAUUACAUCACUAUGAUUUUUAUUACAUCUAUCUAUCAAAGAUUACUUUUCACCCAAUCUUGUAUACAUACAUAUGUAAAUGAAUUUGUGUGUAUGCAUUAAAACUUGUAAACUCCAGUGGCAUUCUUCUUCUUCUUCUUCUUCUUCUUACAUGAAUUUUUUUGUUCAUUUUAUUUUCUCAUUUAUAGUUGUCAUAUUGUUUUUCUGAAAUUAAUUUUGCAAAAUCUAUUUUUACUAAUCAUUAAUCUAUCUGAAUUAAACAAGAAUUUGAUAUUUUUUGCUAUGUAUGCUACUUCAUUGAAAUUAUUUCUGAUGGUCAAAGAAAGAAGGGUUAUUUAUUAUACAGACAAGUUAAAAAGUAAUAAGUUAUUGUGAAUAC